AUGCGGUGCGCGACCAAGGCCGCCGAGAGCGCGUCUGCACGUCUCUGUGCGGACGACGAAGCAGAAAUUACUGCAACAGAUGUUUCAUCGGUUGCUAAAGCGUCUCAGCCUGUAUCACCUGGUGAUGCAGGCGCUCGUCAUGAAGACACUCAUGUCUUCACAGAGUAUGAGCUCGGUGUCUCAUACUCUCCUGAUACGGAAGACGGAUCCGUAUCGAAGGCGAUUGAAACCAAGCCGCCUGCCAAGCGUGGCAUGGAUGAUGCUACGCGUCGUAGCAUCUUUGGUUCGUCUGACGAAUCAGAUGAACCAUCGCCAAAGCGAAGGCGCUCGAGAUCGCAAGACUCGGGCGCUCACAGUGGUGUCGGUUCUCCUAUUGACACCACUUCGCAGCGAGGUGCCAGUACUUCUGUCGGCACGUCUCAAGAAGAGCGGGACCGCAAUGUCUUGCGUCUCGCUCCAAAAAAGAAGUCAUGGCUGCCCCCGAAGUCGGUCAUGGAUCGCUUGUCGGCGACGACAAGUGAUCGCUAUCCAACACGAUUAGUCGAUUCGUCAAGGAUCCAUCACCUUGACCCCAGUGCAACAGAUUAUCACACUGAGCAUGAGUUCUUCAUCGAUGCUUUCUUUAGUCAUCGAUAG